GCCUUUUAAAUAGUUGAACAGUAACAGGGAUGUCGCACUGAACGGCGGUUUAUUCUAAGGGAUUUUAUCAAGUUAAAAUCACACGGGGUGGCAAUUUCAAAGUGAAAUUCUGAGUCAGAGUCAACAGCGAGCUUUGCAGCGAAGGACACGUCCGUUUGUAGGACUGCUUUGAGUUUUGAGUUCGCAGACAUCUUCACUGAUUCCCCUCAGCUGUGAAGCAGUGAGGAGGAGGAGGUCCAUGCCCGGACUUGUUGUGGGCAGCAAGACUUCAUUGUUACAGUCUAGUUGGCAAGUGUAUCAACAAGGAUCUCAAGGGCCAAAUGUUUCUGAGGCAUUUGGUGAGUUUGGUGCCAUGGGUGCUGCUGGUGUACGUGUUGGGAAGUCAGUGUGGUAUAACUGAUGGCUUCUUUGACUGGAUGAAAAAAGCAGCCCCUGCCCCAACCCCAGUCCCCCCAGCUGCCCCUCCUGCCUCAUUACUUAUGCAGGGCGAUGCUCCACCUUUUGAAAUGAAUGUUGCUGAUGAGAAGUUUUUGGCUGAGGCGAAACAGAUGGAUCUCUCCCCUCUUGACAGCUGCAAUUUCAGGGUUGUCACUCAGCUGAAAGCUACCUGCAAUGGCUUAUCAGAAGAACAGCUGGCCAAACUGGGUGUAGCUUUGUUUAACUGCCAGGCGGAAGUCGAGGGUCGCAGGACUUACCUUUGCACUGAGGAGAUGUCCAUUAGAGAGUGCACAGCAGACAUGGAUUCAGACACAUGGAAUGCAUAUCACAUCGUCAGCAACCGAGCCCGUUCAGUGUGUUAUGCCACACGCCAGCAGCACUUCCGUCGAAAAGCAGAGCUUACUGUGAAUGCCCUGAUCUCUACUGCAACAAACCAGCUUGAAGCCAUGAAAGACUUGAAGGAGGGGCAGCGUGAGCUUCGGGACAUGACUGCUGCAUCACUAGAUAAACUGUUGGAGGGCCACAGUGCCCUACAGCUCCAGCAGGGUGUGCUAAAAGAGGGUCAGGAGCAGUUGGAUGCCUCCAUCACUGCUAAUCUGCAGAGGCUGGCUCAAGAGAAGGCUCUCAUCAGUACAGGACAACAGCUGGUGGCACAGCUCAUACAGGGAAUUACACAGAGAAUGGAAAAUGUUAGUGAACAGUUGAAGGGUCAAGGUACAGAGGUGCAAGAAGGUCAUCAGGCCAUUCUCGAUGACCUGGCUGAAGUCAGAGGACGUGCACAAGAGAUCUACAGUAAAAUGGAGCUUAAUUUGAAUGGAGUACUGCAGCAGCAGAACACGACUGCUCGUUUCUAUGCUGAACUCAUGGGGAAGCUGGAGCGCAUGAAUGGCACUCUGGGAUAUAUGCUGACAUACUUGGACAGCAUGCAGAACCGACUAGAAGAUAGAUUGCACAUGAUCCAAGGCUACUUGGGAUGGGCUGGUCUGAGCCUGCGUGCGCUGUGGACGUGUGUGUUGCAUGCUGGGUAUUUCCUUUUCAGUGCAGUGCUGCUGUCCUUCUUGCAGUGUCCCACUUUCUCCCGUGUCACUCUGCUCAUCACUGUGCCAAUCAAUGCUAUUGCUGAGGUCAAUCAGCAGUCAGCCCUCGACCUGGUCACACUCUCGCUGCUCCUCUUCACACUCUCACUGAGUCGCUGGUUUCUGCUGCAGUUGCUGUGGAUGCUGUCCAAACUGAAGGGCCAAAAGAGCACUGCUGCUCCUCUUCUGGCUCUUCCAGUUGAAAGAACUCCUGAAAAAGUCUCCAGACCUGUAUGCCACCCAGCAACAUCCUCAACUCCUCAAGAAAAUGAUCUGGACUGUGACUUGGAGUCAGAGGUGCCAUGUCUUGGUCAAGACAGCUUUAUGACCGGAGACCCCUGCAUGGUGGCUUUGUCUCCGUCUCAAACUUAUGGCUGCCCCAGAGCUGGGAAUCUCUCCCUAGGCACCCCCAGCCAUUCUACGCCCAGGCUCAAGAGUCGCCUUAUCAAUGGAGGGGUUUUUGAGAGCAUCUCUCAGAGGAACUUGGGAGGUGUUUUGGACAUGGUGAACCAUUCACGGAACUCCAGUUCCAAUCGAUCAAUCGCAAGUAACAGUUCAUUCUCAGGUCGUCCUCUGUGUAGCGGCACUACUAGGCUGGGACAGCCCUGUAAGAAAAGAGCACUAGCAGGUCAGGACUUCUGUAGGGUCCAUGAGGGAGGACACAGCUCCUACAGUCGCUCCUGAAACUGAUCAGUCUUCCACUGUGUGUGUGUGUGUGUGUGUGUGUGUGUGUGUGUGUGUGUGUGUGUGUGUGUGUGUGUGUGU